AUGGCAUCAGCUCUGCAAGGUUUCCGCUUCACAGCGCGAAGCUGUGCCUGUGCGCCAUUAUCACGUCGAUGUGCAGCUCAGUCAAUUGCUCGCCGGAGAGCUUUUGCAACUACCACCUUACGACUUCAAACGCAACGCAGCCCCGAGCAGAAAGAUGUGCUAAAAAAGAUCGAAAAAGCUGUGGGCUACAACUUAGAUGAGGAAUUGGCAGCAGACAAGAAAGAACUGCAGAAUCUCCUGGAUGCGGAGAUUGAGUUCGGUCCCGUGGGGCCUGAUCUGUGGAAGAGGAGGCAGAAGCUUAAGGAUACGUUCUUGAAUUUGGGAGACCCUGAGCCUUUUGAAGAUGGUGACUUUGAUGAAGAUGGACAUGAUGAUCUUCCGUCACUGGCACAUGGGGAGUUGGAACAGCAUAGGGAAUGGAGACAUUAUGCCAGAUUGGCGGCGUGGGAGCUGCCGCUCCUGUCGAAAUUAGCAAAGCCAUUCGAACCGCCCACAGGAGACAUGUCAUUGCGCUUCAGAUAUACCACAUAUAUGGGCGAGAGCCAUCCAGCAGAGAAGAAAGUUGUGGUUGAGUUUUCUCCAGCGGAUAUGCCAAACCUUACAUCGAUUCAGAGGGACAAGUUGAAAAAGCUUGCUGGCACGAGGUACAAUCCGGAGGAGGAUAUUAUUCGAAUGAACUGUGAGAUGUACGAGACGCAGGCGCAGAACAAGCGAUACCUAGGUGACUUGGUUGAUACGCUUCUCAAAGAAGCAAGAGACCCCACGGAUACGUUUGCGGAUGUACCUUUGGAUAUUCGACAUCAUCACUUCAAGCCAAAGCUGCGAUUCCCCAAGGAGUGGGUUUUAACAGACGAACGACGCGAACAAUUGGCCCAAUACAGGUUACAGAUGGAGCAGAAGGAUCAAAAACUAGAGUUGGAAGGUCAAUUAGUGGAUGGUCUUAAGCAAAUUGAGCAGGUCGUCUCUCGACCUAUUGCUGAAGUAGCUCUACCUGAAAUGGUCUCGGCGGGUGGGAAAGUGGCGGGUGGGAAAGCUAAAGGGAAGAAAGUAGCUGUCAGGAGGUAG